ACAAACGGGCUCAGUUGUUCCGGGACUCCGAGCUGAAAGGUGCGGAGAAAAAGCAAUUGUACAAAAAAUAUUCAGAUCUGCUUAGCUCAGCUAACAAAGCAAUUAUGGAUCCAUCGUGGUUGCAGAAGCCGCGUCCUCCGCCACGCUAUGAGCCGGAAAUCCAACCGGUGAAUGGGAUCGUCCAACCGCCGGUCAAUCCGCCGCCGAAUCGUCCAGGCCGCAAGACCAAUGUAAUGGAAGAUCUCAAGUCCUUGGUGAACUGGCUCUGUCGAAAUCGGCUUUCGGUUUACUUUCGCGAUCCCGUGGAUACCUUGGCCCUCAAUGUUCCGGAUUAUCAUAAGACGAUAAAACACCCGAUGGACUUAAAUACGAUUAAGAAGCGAUUGAACAACAACUACUACUGGCAGGCGGACGAAGCUCUGCAGGAUUUAAAGCUGAUCUUCGACAACUGUUUGUUUUUUAAUUCGGAGAAUUCCGAUGUUUAUCAGGCGGGCAAGCAGCUGAAGAACCAGUUCUACACUCGAUUGGCCAUGAUUGACCAGAGCAAUGAGUUUGAACUGCCGCCCAAGAUGGAGAAGCGCAAGAGAAAGGCUGCCGACACGUUUGACUCUGUUCCAGCUCCGUCAGUGUUUGCCCCUCGAGGUCCAAGUCAUUUUCCUCCACACUCUAAUAGGAACAGAAACUGCCCUAACCCCAAGCCUGGCGUAACCCACCCUGAAGUACCUAUACCAUCUUACUUGGCAACCAAUCUGAUCCCAAAGUUUAUGCCCGAUAACUUGGAUAAUCCUUUGUCUGCCAGGCUUACGUUUCCACCAACAUUUAAAAAUUUCUAUGAAACACCGAUGGGAAGUCAUUUCAAAAGGCCGGCAGAUGUACGGGAUAGUCCUCAACCUGUCCUCCGACCAAUUGUGCUGCCACCACCCCUGACUACGGCUCGACUGGAACCAAUUAUGAAAGGACCAUCUCCACCGCCGGUCCAACGUCAGACAUUGCCACCAAAACCAAAACCACCAGUCAUUAUUUGCUAUAAAUCUGUGGACCGAUUGAUUGAAAAGAGCCAUUGCGACCAUCUAUUGAAGUCGAUGGUGAAACGAAAGCGUAAACAAUUUACAUGGGCGUUUAACAAUGCCGAUUACUGGAAGAAAUACUCUCUUAAUCCCGACUACAAGCACGAUACGGAGGAGAAACUGGAUUGGAAGGUACUCCAGAAUCGUCUGGACAAUGAUGAUUUUGAGAGCCUCGAGAGCUUCGCGAGCUCUGUGCGUAAGAUGUUCCGUAAUGCAUUGCGCUGUUUUCCAGAAGAUGGAUUGGCCAAGAUGUCGGUGAAGAAGUCCAUGGAGAUCUUCGAGGGUAGGCUGCUCAAGUACCGGGAACUGGCUGCCACUGCCAAGGAAAAAGCCCGAGCUUUGGUGGCCAUCAAGCAAGAAGAUAUGGAAAUCGCAGAGGCCAAAAGUGGUCAGUCGACUGAGAAAGGUUUGGGAAAACGCACAGGCUCUAUCAAAAUGCAGCCUCUAUAUGACGAAUCCGACUAAAAAAAUGAAGGAAUUCUUCUAGUUAAAUAAUUAUCAAAUAAUUAAUUUUGUUUAUUUGUCUAAUAACGCUUUAUUCACAAUUCAAAUGUUUAAAUAUAUUGCUUGAGAAGUGG